AUGGCUAAAAAUGUUCAUGAAGGUGAUUUGAUAACAAUAAAUUUGCUAGAUAUUUUCAAGAUUACUGGUCCCACGCAGAACUUGCUUGCAAUCAUUAAGUCGCUCUCGGUCGCAAGUUAUUUAUGUGUUCAUUGUGUUUUCGUUUCGGGAAUCGUCUCGUUAAAACUGGCGCAAAUGUUCGAAUACGAUAGAUUGGCACUGGACGUGCUGAGCCUAUCGCCAAAGCAGGAUCAGGCGCGCCAAUGGAUCUCGUCAUCAGCGCAAUUGAUUCCUUCAGAUGAUUGUGGAUCGUCAUCCGGCUACGGUUCACCAGGUCGUACUCCUUUGGCAAGUCCACAAGGAGCAGAACCUUUUGGAGGACUCUCCUUACCAGUACACAUUCAACGGGCGUUUUCCGAUGGUGUUGUGGCCACCGAAGAGACGACACCUCAUUUUGGAGUAGGCUUAGCCUCCCCUGAUCCAAAUAGGCCGAAACUUACGGAGAGCGCGUCGGUACCUCUCGCGCUGGAGGACGGCUUUAGCAAGGAUGAAAUCGCUGGUUUCGAGGAAUUAUUAUGCUCUCCCAAAAAGGCCCCACCCACCAAAUAUCAAUGCCAUAUCUGCUAUCGGACGGGACAUUACAUUUCUGAUUGUCCUAUGCGCUUUAACACACCCUAUGAUGAGUUAACACCAUAUCAAGGGCGAAAGAAGUGCUACGGAGAGUUUCAGUGCCAACAAUGCAAACGCAAGUGGACAAGCCAAAAUUCAGUGGCAAACGAAGCUCAGUCAUGCAUUAAAUGCCACAUUCCAGUGUUCCCGCACAAACAGCUUCCCGUUGAGAAAGCUGUAGCAAUGGGUUUGAUCAAAGCACAGCAUGCGAUUCCAUCAAAAAUCGCUCCAAUCGGACAUGGUCGUCCACCGGCGAAAUGCUGA